GCGAGUUGUUAUUAUAGUAGCAUUAUUAGCUGGACACACGGGAGCUGCCCAUGCGCGUGAGGGACACGUGGAUCAUAUUUUGGUGACUUUUUUUGUUUUUGUUUUUUUUUUAAAUUCCUUUUGAGUGAAUGUGUUUGCAUUGGGAAUACUUGGUUGGAUCACCCAUUGGAGAUAUCGAACUUCGAAUGGAAAGGUCACGCGUAAAAGUUUGGAUUGUUACGCUGUAGGAGACGACAACAAGUGGGCAACAUUUUAAAACAUUUCUACAAGUGUUUUUUUUUCUUCUCCCCCGCACCCUCCUAACCUUCUGCGGUGCUAUUGCCUGCCUUUGAAGUCCACCAUGUGCGGCCGGGCUCCGCCGCUUCAGCCGAAGCCAUGACCGUCCCCCUAUGGCGCCUGGCCGGCUUCUGGCCGCUGCUGCUGUUGGCGGCCCUGCAGGUGGUGCUGGGCCAGCCAGGCCUGGAGCCCGAGCGGCCGGGGCACCGAGCGCUCAUCAAGGUGACACUGCUGAAGCACGACCCGACGGGAAGUCCCAUCACUCUGGAAGGGGUGUUUGUGGGGGGGAGCGCCGGUUACGCGGAGGGAAAACUAAUGCAGUAUCACCCUCUGUCUCUGUGCAACACAAGUGAAGAUGAGCGACCAGAUAGUGAAUUCAUCACCAUUGUCAAACUGGAGCAAAGAGGACCGCGCUGUCUACCACUGCUGGAUAAGGCUCACAUGGCACUGGACAAGGGCGCUCAGGCUGUCAUUUUCGAUGUCAGCGAUGAUGCAAAUGCAGCUGCUGAGCUGAGAGAAGCGGACUCCCUUCCACGCCCAGUCGUGCUGGUGGACGCUGACGAUGCCGAGGAGUUGAUGGGUCUGGUCAACAAGAACGAGGAAGCUCAAGUCUGUAUUGAGAUCUUGGUGGAGCAGCCCAAAUGGCCACAUUAUGACGUGGGCAUCCUCCUUACCGUUGUCUUGGCUGUUUUGACCAUCGUCCUCAUCUUUGCUUUUCGCUACAAGUGCAAAUCUAACAGAACCUGGGACACGGCCCAUCAGCAAACCGUCAAUGCUAUUAGUCGUUUGGAAACCAAAACCUACAUCUCCCAGGGCUGCUCGGGCACACAUCGCUCCCAUGGCAGCAGUUCCAACUCCAGCCCAGUCUGUGCUAUCUGCCUGGAGGAAUUCCAGGACGGCCAACAUUUGAGGAUCAUCUCCUGCGCUCAUGAGUUUCACAAAGACUGUGUUGAUCCUUGGCUGCUGGAGCGCCGCACCUGUCCUUUGUGCAUGCACAACAUCUUGGGGACAGAGAGGCAGCCACACAGGAACAGACUUCUGUCCAGUCCAGAACGAAGUUUCCUUCACCCGCAGCCUUACAGCAGCCCACGAAACCACCCCUUCCCCCAGCAUGCCAUCCCGUUCUCUAUGAGACCCAACUAUCCUCGUGGACCUUCGGGGUCCUAUCCCCCUGUCGGUUACUACAAUGCUUCUUCUCCCAUGGACAGCCGAACGCUACGUUUGCUCACCAGCAGGCCUCUGGGCGCCCCUUGUGAGUACCACCUUCCCGCAGAGGGUCCCAGGAGGCCCCAGAGGACUGGCGGAAACUGCAGGACUUCAACCCACCACUAUACCCCCCGCCGGUCCUGUCCAAACUAUCGCUCAUCCUGCCCAGCUCAGCGUAGCACACCCAGCUCCAGAAUGCACCACAGCGCCUCAGCCAGAGUGGCCGCUCCAGGCCGGCUAGACGAGGGCAGCUGCUCCGGCGGCAGCUACCACACGGACCGCAGCGGAUAUUUGGCAGACGGGCCGGCGAGCGACUCCAGCUCGGGGCCGUGCCACGGCUCCUCCAGCGACUCGGUUCUCAAUUGCACCGAUGUGUCCAUGCAGGGAGUUUACGGCAGCUGGUCCACUUUCCGGAGCUCGUUGAGCAGUGACUACGAUCCGUUUGUGUAUCAUGGGCCGGGGUCAGGGCGAGCCCCGCGGAGGAACAGUCUGGAGAUGGAGGCCCAGGCCAGGCCCAGGUCUGUGGAUUUGGUGGUGAAUAAAGUGGGCUCCCCCGAGGAACAGCCACAGACUGUGUUCAGCCACAUCCACUACCACCGCCAUAGACACCACCACUAUGAGGAAGGGGAGGGCAGCCAGGGCUCAGAUGAGGAGCCGGGUGGCACAGCAGCAACAUCUGCACCUUCUUCACUCCCCUUGGACAAAGAUCCAUCUGUUUGCCCUCCUCAGCUUAGUCACUGCCAGUGCACAAAACCAGACUGUACUAAGGUGUGUGGGACAGAAAAUCAGGAUCAGGACCCGAGCAGCUCUUCAGGGCCCUCGGUCCUGAUGUCUCCUGUCCCUAUGAAGCUACAGACCCACUGCUAUCACCAAGGACACAGUACCACAGCUCUGGGGCGAGGCUGUAUGCGAGACUCCCUCUCCGCUCGCUUUCACCAGAGCUUGGACCUUCAGGAAGAUCGGAGCAGCCGCGUCCACUACGGCCAAAGUUCAGGAUUCUGCCGCUCUCCCCCUGAACCGCACCCAGCCCCCUUUCCCGUACCUCUUAUUUUGGACUCGGGUGGUAUCGACGACUGGCCUUGCUGUGCCGAGUCCUACGUUGUGUGGCAAAAACGAGUCCAAGAGGUCCACCCUGAGCCUCAGAUUCUGGGCACCAGGACCUCCAUUGAGUGGGCCCCUUGCAGGUUUCACCAUGAACUCGCUGCAGAUCGCAACACAGACAUUUGUUUAUGUUGUCAAAAAAUAUACCAACAUCAGGGAUCUGAGGAGGAAUCUGGAGUGUGACAACUUGUUUCCACAAUACAGUAGAACCCGUUUAAGUCCACCCCGUUUAUGUCGGAAACCCGUCUUAUGUCGACCAACUCAUCAAGUCUUCAUCCGCCGUGUUUGUUUCAUCACUAAAAAGUGCUCUCUUAAGCCGACAUCGACAUACAUGGUCCAUCGCUUUUUUUCAACUUUACUAUUUGAUAAAAAGUCACUCCUUUUAUGUCUAUCUGUUGUAGUAUUAUUCACUUCUUUGUUACCGCUCAAUAGCAUGAAACCAGUUACACAGCCUUAAGAAGAAUAGACAGUGACUUCCUGUUCAGUGCAAAGCAAGCGUCAAAAUAAAAGCAUGACAGUAUUAGUUACCUGGAUUCGACCACAGCAACUAACAAAAGUCACCCGAUUCAAAUUUAUUUAGGAAUUUUAGCCACCGGGAAAAAAAGAUUUGCGCAUGCUGUAUCGUCAUGUUAGUCAAGAUAUAAAACAAAAUUAGUGCUGUUAGAUUAUUUUUUUCAUCACACUUUUGAAUUUGGUUUAAACAUGAUUAAACAUAGGUUAUUACCCAUAUGCAUAAUUUAAAUGAACUUAAAGGGGAACAUUAUCACCAGACCUAUGUAAGCUUCAAUAUAUACCUUGAUGUUGCAGAAAAAAGACCGUAUAUUUUUUUAACCGAUUUCCGAACUCUAAAUGGGUGAAUUUUGGCGAAUUAAACGCCUUUCUAUUAUUCGCUCUCGGAGCGAUGACGUCACGUUGUGACGUCACAUCGGGAAGCAAUCCGCCAUUUUCUCACUUUCGUCGGUGUGUUGUCGGAGGGUGUAACAACACGAACAGGGACGGAUUCAAGUUGCACCAGUGGCCCAAAGAUGCGAAAGUGGCAAGAAAUUGGACGAAAUUUGUUCAAAAUACGAGGCUGUGGGGAAAGCCGACGAAAUGGUCAGUCGUUUGUUCCGCACACUUUACCAACGAAAGCUAUGCUACGACAGAGAUGGCAAGAAUGUGUGGAUAUCCUGCGACACUUAAAGCAGAUGCUGACAUCAACUCCAAAACUGGACAGAUCAGCUUUCAGGAAAAGAGAGCGGAUGAGGGUAUGUCUACAGAAUAUAUUAAUUGAUGAAAACUUUAUUCAUUACUCGCGAUUUUACGUAAAUUAUUAUACAUAAACUGUGUUUACCAAUAAUUUAGCUUAAAAACAUUUAAAUGCAGACAGCCCUGAAAGGGGUUUUCUGCACUCUCAAAGUGCAUGUUGUUGCCAAAUAAAUUUCAUAUGCUGUAAACCUAGUUCAUAGUUGUUAGUUUCCUUUAAUGCCAAACAAACACAUACCAAUCGUUGGUUAGAAGGCGAUCGCCGAAUUCGUCCUCGCUUUCUCCCGUGUCGCUGGCUGUCGUGUCGUUUUCGUCGGUUUCGCUUGCAUACGGUUCAAACCGAUAUGGCUCAAUAGCUUCAGUUUCUUCUUCAAUUUCGUUUUCGACACCUGCCUCCACACUACAACCAUCCGUUUCAAUACAUACGUAAUCUGUUGAAUCGCUUAAGCCGCUGAAAUCCGAGUCUGAAUCCGAGCUAAUGUCGCUAUAAUUUGCUGUUCUAUCCGCCAUGUUUGUUUGUAUUGCCAUCACUGUGUGACGUCACAGGAAAAUGGACGGGUGUAUAUAACGAUGGUUAAAAUCAGGCACUUUGAAGCUUUUUUUACGGAUAUUGCGUGAUGGGUAAAAUUUUGAAAAAAACUUCGAAAAAUAAAAUAAGCCACUGGGAACUGUUUUUUAAUGGUUUUAACCCUUCUGAAAUUGUGAUAAUGUUCCCCUUUAAAACAAAGCCCAAUAUUUGGACACAAUUUUACUGUCAGAAUGUCAUCCAGGAACUUUUUUUAAAUGUUUUUGAAAUGCACAGCAUUCAUUUGAUGUGCAUUUCAAAUAUGUGAUUAAUCAGCAUAUACACAUUAUUAAUGCAAUAUUUGUUUUUUCAUUUAUUACACGAUUUACCUUAUUAUUUUCGACAGCCAUAAUACAAAUGUAGAAUACAUGAAAACUGAAGAAUCAAGUGGAAAUGGAGGAAAAAUAUUUAAUGUCACAUUGUCCUUUUGUGACAAGUUAUUAAGGAGUGCUUAGUUUUGACUUUGGUUUGUCGACAUAAGCGGUUGUAAAUCAAGCAAAUCCGAGGGGCGUCAACAUAAACGGGUUCCACUGUAUCACGCUGCUGCUACUCAGGAGCCAGAAUGGACAGUCGAACGUUGUGGUCGUGCUCUCUUCUCUGCUGCCACAACAAGACGAUUCUUUAUCUCAGCUCCUGCCUCCGCUUUGUCAACAUUAUUCAUAACAAAAAGUGUCAAUCUUUUCCCAAGGUUCUGUGUUUUGGAUGAUCAGGAGGACAACACUCACAGAAGGAAAGUGAAAGUGUGCCCAUUUUUUAGGACACAGGGUUUGGUUUUUGGUGUGCCUCCUCUCUUUUUACGACUAACUUGAUCGCUCAAUUUGGUACUUUGUUCACUUGCUCAAUCUUCAUUUUUGCUGAGGCGAGCCUCAGUGGAAAAGUCGUCACUAUCCUACCUCAGCUCACAUUUGUCUUGGCUCACAGGGUCUUUAAAAGGUACUGCUGUAGUUGUUUGACGCCACACCAACAACCUUGUCAGGUCGGUUGAUUCUCUGAAUGUUCUCUGAAUUGGCAGAGCCUUGCAUUGGCCUUGUUUUCAAAACUUCAAUCAUGGCAGCUGUUUUUAUCAUGAGUUUUGUUUGUGGUUUGUCUCUUUUUUUUUAAGUUUUCAAAAUGACUGAAUUAUUACAUCUUAAUAGCAUUUUUUUUUUUUUUUUUUUUUACUUUAGCGGGAUGAUGAUGCUUGUUGUUUUUCGUGCUUUUUUCUUACUGACAAUUCUGCAUUCUAGCUGUAGACACACCCCCAGUGCCUUUUUUUAAUAACAUCCAGAGAAGUGGAUUAAAGCCACAUCUUGUCCGCCUGACAAACAUCACAGAAAAUGUUCAAACACUAAAAACCAAUUCAAUUAUAAGAAGUUCAUUAUUUUUCAUAAUAAAGUCAAAAUAUCAUGCAAAUAAAGUCAGAACAUUAGCUGUAUUUCUACAAGGAAAAUGUCUUAAAUUGUAUUCAUAUUGUUAUAGGAGAAAGUUGUAGUUUCACAGGAAAAGAGUAAUGAUUUGACAAAAUUAGUGGUGGAGUGUUACAUAAUCAAAAUCAAAUUAUAAUGAGGAUAGAGUUGUAAUGUUUUUAAGGGAAAAGUUGCAGAGCACUUUAUUGUGUAAAUGUCAGGAAAUGUAAAUGUCCAAAUGUACUGUAUAUAAUUAUGUUGUUGAAUUAAGCGCGUUCUAGACAACUGAACAUACUUUUAGUACGCUGAAGGUGCAUCUUAAAUGAUCCAGAUGCAAGAAAAUGCAUAUUACAAUUUUAUUUUUAUUUUUUUAUUAGGGCUGUCAAAAAUAACAAGUUAAUGCAGGUAAUUAAUCACAAAAAAUGAUGGCACUAAACAUGUAUUAACACAGGUUAAUCACCCAAUUUAUUUUCUUCAUAUUCCAUAUAUAUUUAUUCAAAACACACCCCAAAGUGACUUUUAAGUAAUACUGUUACCAAGAUUUGAGCAAAUAAAUUGUGUUUUUAGUGAAACUUUUUUUUUUUAAAGUUUGUAUAUGCUAUUCUGACAAUUUGUGUGAAAAUGUUGAGGUGUUUCUUUUAGUUAAUUUAAAUUAUGCCAGCAAGUAAUUUACUGUGAUUCAUCAUCAUUAAUCACAAUUUAAAAGUGUGAUUAAUUUUAUUUAAAAAAUGCAUCAU